ACUCCCUCGGACGCGACGCCUAUGGGUACCUCUCAGCUUCCUCGUUCUAUAUCAACUCACAAGCCUCUGCCCAGUCCUCCGAUCGUGCAGGUGUCAAAUCCCAAUAGUCCGCCAAAAGCGCAGCGUACGCUCAUAGACGCUCAGUCUGAGAGCUCUAUACGCUGCAAGUGGCCGGUACUUCACCCCGAGAAUGUUUCUCCGUGCUCGAACUUAUUGGCUCAAGAUUCUUACGAUGGCGCCGGCGACGACCGCAGCAUCCGAUUGAAGCCACUCUCAUGGCAUGCAUCAGAUGCAAACGCCACUGCGCACACAGGUACAGGUCCGAUCCUCAGAAUCUCUGCUGACGCCGAUGAUUUCAUUCUCGGCACUGGUGACGAUGUCCCGGAAGUACCACCUAUUCCGGCGGUAUUCACUAAGCGUCUUCAGCAGACACGCUCUUUCAGCAAUCUCAGGGCUCGUCUCGCGGAGGCUACAGAGUCCAAAGCGCUACUGAGCAAUGCGCCUCCAACUCCAACAGCGAACCCUGUGAGGACGUUGAGGAGUUUGACCCCUGUUGUCAAAAUCAGCCCAAUCCGCUCCAUGCAACCUGCAAGAAAAGAGUUUCUUGCGUCUCUUUCAGGAUACACUCAAUUGCCAGACGACGAGCCAGUCUUGGACAUGAAGAAGACCAGGAUCAGGAAGACGAUCGCAAGCAUCAUGAACUCGAAGUCCUCACCAAACUUGAGGGACCACUCCGGAAAUGACACCAAGAGCUGGAAAAUGAACCCUUUCAACAAGAGCUCGCUGUCAUUGUACAAUACAGCGCAGUCCCACGAUACCGUCCGCAACCCCGAUUCUGGAAGGUUGAGGACGGCGGAGACUGUGACGUCUGAAACUGAAGAGGGCUCUUUGAGUCACGAUACGCCACAGCAGCGCCAACCAUACCAGUCCGACGAGCACUUGAUGGGCUUGUCGGUGACUCCCUCUGCUCCGCAAGAUACGUCGUUGGACAAGCAAGAUCAUGGUAUGUCAGAGAAGAAGACCAAGGCCCAACGCAGCAUUCGCGACAUCUUUAGUCGAGGCAGAUCGCGCACUAGACCAAAAGAGCCAAUGCCUACUACCAAGCAAGAUUUCCUGAGUGUCACUAGCAGCUCACUCAACAAGGCCAUGCGAGACACAAAAAGUCACUCCAUGAUCAACCUCGCCGUGCCGACAGAGUCCAGGCCUCAGACUGCACCUGCUCCCAAGCAAAAGAAGAAGGACACAGGCAAAAACCCUCCCAUACCUCUUAGUGCUGGUCUCAAGUUGAAAAGUACUUGCGCAAGUCCAGAUAGGAAACUCGUGCCCGACGAACGCGAGAGCACACGCACCUUGAUUGAAGAUAUGAUUGAACGCUUAGAUACACAGCCUCGCGACUCCAAAGAGCGUCUACGCAUUGUUGAGAUGGCAGAGUGUGUCAUCAGCGCCGCCUUAAAUGCCAAGAACUGCGAGGAUUGCGCAGAAGAAGCCAAGAAAAAUGCCCGCAAUGCGGAGAUGCAUUUGGAUCUGGCUGGCAUGGAGCUCCAGCGCUUGUACAGCCUUGUGGAAAAUGCUGAUCUCGACACCGAGGUUGUGAGCGGCAUCAAGCGGCUUGGUCGUCGGUUCAGGGCCGGUGGCAAGCCGGAUUGGCUUUGA